GUUAGUUGUGCCGGUAACACUAGACUUUAAAGAUAAGACAAACAUUACAUGAACAAAUGUAAUUUGGACUCUGGAAUAAUAUUAAGCUCAUCUUUCAUCAGUUAGGAUAGCAGUAACCAUGAGUUUAUGAAAGCAGGGAUCUCACCAAAUACAUGAUGAAUAGUACAAAUAUAAGUGACCACAUCAGCCUAAAUGCUGCCAGUAGAGAACAAGAAUAUCUUAAUCUCAUAGAAUUCAAAUUUCAUGUUCAUGGAUUAGCUGGAAAUUUAUUAGCCGUGUUUGGAUUAGUGGCAAAUGUAUUGUCCAUUGUUGUUUUGAGUCACCAUAAGAUGCGUUCCUCAACAUCUUAUUAUCUAAUAACGUUGGCAGUUUAUGAUAAUAUCAUUCUUAUAGCUAUGGUGGUAUUCUUCAACCUUCCAUUUCUAUCUAGUCGUGUAACUGAAAUGGAAUCAUAUUUUCAUACAUAUAUGUAUGCUGUGCCAAUUGGAUAUCCCCUUUCCCUAGCUGCUCAAAUGGGUUCAAUCUACACUACUGUUGCUUUCACUGUGGAAAGAUAUAUUGCUGUUUGUCGUCCAUUGCAUGCUGCAAAUACCUGCACUAAAUCUAGAGCCAGAAAAACCAUGGCAAUAAUACUGCUGUGGGUUUUGCUUUAUAACAUUCCUCGUUAUUUUCAAUAUACAGUUCACCUAAAAUUUAAUCCUGAUAACAAUAUAACACGAGUUGUUCGAAAUGAAACUGACUUUGGCCAGCAUCCUAUUUUUAGACAUGUGUACCUGAUCUAUUUCCAACUAUUUUUUAUGUUUUUGAUACCCUUUUUGAUUUUACUGGUGUUAAAUGUAGCGCUAAUGAAGGCUGUGAAACGGUCAAGACAAACUCUUCAACAGAUAUCUUCAACUUCGCGUACUAAUGAGAACAAUUUAACAGUGAUGCUUAUAUCAGUUAUAUUUGUGUUUCUUGUUUGUCAAUUUCCAAGUAUCAUUGACAAUAUCGUGGUGGCUGUGGAUCCACUUAAUCGACGAUAUGAAUCCUUUACUUAUGCAAAAUUCUACACAAUUAGUACAUUUAUGAUUGAAAUUAAUUCAGCUGUGAAUUUCAUACUCUAUUGCCUGUUUGGCAAGAAAUUUAGGUUGGUGUUUUUACAUAUCUUUGGAUUGAGAAAAUUCCGUCAAAGACUUCAGUAUAGGAGUACAUUAUAUCGGUCUCAAACAAUAAAUAGAGGAAAUUCACAUGAAUUAGAAGUGUCUCUUGUGUAACUUUCCCCUAAAAUAUCGAUAUUGUUUCAUUUGUUCAUAUUGAAUAAGUAUAUCAAUUUGUGAUCUCAACAUUUAUUAUUGUUACAUGCUUAAUUGUUACAUUAAAAUACCUGUUUGUUUUGAGGUUUUUCCAUGCACUCUAUAUCCAGCACUGUACCAGUUCACUAAAUAUAUUAAUUCUGCUUAAUGCCUGUUCUGGAUUAUCUGUCUCACAAUAUUUGUAAAAUCAAAUAUUUAUAGUUGGGUCAUUCCAUAUCAACUGGACCAAUGGUGGGAACACGACCCCAUCCAAAAAAAUUAUAAAAAAUAUAUAUGAUGUAGUAUGUGGCCUUAAACUAACAAAUCCAAAUUUUUACCUCUCUAGGUCAAAAACUCG